AAUAUGUAUUCGAAAGUUAUUUGUGUUGUCUUCGUGGCCACCUUUGUGUGCGGUGCUGUGGCCUUGCCCAAACAGGAUGCCAACGAAAAGGAUUUAGUGAACAUGAUCAAUAGAAUCGAUAAUGAACCUAGUGUACCAUUGUUCGGUGGCUUGAGCAUUGUACGCUCGGAAAAUGGUCGUGCCUUUGGUCCUGCUGCUGGCAAAUCUGUUGAAACUUUCGAAGAACGCGCUGAACGUUAUUUGAAAUCUCACCAAUUGAACUUCUCCUUCCCCGAUACCGAUGAAGAUGAAGAAGAAGAAUCAAAUGCCCGUGCUAUGGAAGAACCCCGCAGCAAGAAAAUGAAGAAGAUGUUGGUCCCCUUGCUCUUGGCUUUGAAAUUGAAGAAGGCCGUUAUCGUUAAGGUUCUCUUCAUGAUCAUUAAAUUCAUUUCCCUCAAGAGUUUGGCUAUCUCUUUCUUGGCUCUCUUCUUCGCUGGUGCCACUUUCUUCAAGGACUUGUUGAGCAAGAAGAAGGAACACAUCACCACCGCUUACAUUACCGGCAGUCCCUUGAACGCUGAAAUCGUUCACUCUGACUGGAACCGCAAUGGUCAAGCUGCUGCUUCUGAAUUGGCCUACAAUCACUACGGUUUGGCUCAACCCUUCUAAGCU